CAGGGUCCUUUAUCUUAUUUUUUUGUAAUAAGGUGGUCCUUUAAGUUUAUUUCGCUACAAAGUGGUCCUUUAUCUUAACUAACGUUUGCACGUUUGACCUUUUCCACAAACUCCGUUCCAAAAACGCUUAGGUGGCAGUAACGGCGCUGAUGUGUCACUUAACAGUGCUGAAUAAGCAUUAAUUAUAAUAUUUAUUCUAUAUUAGGUCUGAAAUACGUAGGAUUCAAUCUCCCCAAUUUCAAAUUGCUUAGAACCCUAACUUCCCCAAAUUCAAUCAAUGGCCUCAUAUGGUAGCAGCGGUCCAAAUCGAAGAAGUCAGAGCUCUAAUACAUUCAUUUCAGGUGCUUCUCAAUAUGAAAUUGCACCCACUUGUUCGUGUGGAGCCAAAGCAGUUGUUAGAACAGUUAAGAAGAAAGGAAGGAACCUUGGGAAGCUAUUUUGGGGAUGUAGAUACUUUGUGAGUGAACCUGAUAAUGUUGGGUGCAACUUUUUUGAGUGGUAUGAGAACCAUUACAAUGAUGAAACCAACCCAGGGAUUCAUGCUUCAGUAAUUUCCAAAUGUUUCAAAUGUGAAGAAAAAGAUGUAGAAAUAAAGAUGCUUAGAAGGGCCUCUGCAAAGGAUGACAAUGAGAUGCUGAAGAAUUGCAUAAAAAUGAUGAAGCUACAAGUCUAUGUCAUUAUGUUUUUAGUUAUGCUUGUUGUAGGGUUGAUGUUUACUUUGAUCAAGCAAUGGUGA